UCUAUACCCAAAAACUCCACACCCUCUCUCUCUCUCUCUCUCUCUCUCUCUCAUCUCUCGGAACUCAUACCCAUACAAAGAAAAGCAGAAAGUUUCUGUCUUUCUCCUCAAUCUCUUUGUGGGUCUCUUUUGUGGGGAUCAAUGGAUGAGAAAGGACGAAGCUUGAAGAACAAGAACACGAAUGAUCAUGGCACCGAAGACGAACUGGACCUCAGGAGAGGUCCGUGGACCGUCGAAGAAGAUUUCAAGCUCAUCAAUUACAUUACUACUCACGGAGAAGGCCGAUGGAACUCCCUCGCUCGUUGCGCCGGGCUCAAACGUACCGGAAAAAGUUGCAGAUUGCGGUGGCUGAAUUAUCUCCGACCAGACGUCCGCCGUGGAAAUAUAACUCUCGAAGAACAACUCUUGAUCCUCGAACUCCAUUCCCGUUGGGGCAAUAGAUGGUCCAAAAUUGCUCAAUAUUUACCGGGGAGGACCGACAACGAAAUAAAAAAUUACUGGAGAACUCGUGUCCAGAAGCACGCGAAACAGCUGAAAUGCGACGUGAACAGCAAGCAGUUCAAAGACACGAUGCGAUAUCUGUGGAUGCCUCGCCUCGUCGAAAGGAUCCAAGCCGCCGCCUCCGCCACCACGUCAUCAUGCGCCGCCGAUCAAUUCUUCGUGACGUCGACGACGAUGAACGACGACAGCUGCAUGGGAAACGACGUGGACAUGCAGUUGAUCUGUGGCGUUAUGGGCCACAAUAAGGCCGAGAACCCUAACGGUUACAACACGUCGGAAAAUUCCAGCGUGGCGGUGUCUCCGGCGUCGGACUUGUCGGAGUUUUACAGUGCUCCGAACCCGAACUCGAACCCGGGUAACCCUAACCCGGAAAUAUGUUAUCCGGGUGAUGUCAGCAUGGGGCAAAUGGGGAAUAAUUGUUAUCCGGACAAUAUGGUCGGUCCGGCGAUAUUCCCGGAGAAUUAUUACAAUUAUAAUUGCAAUAAUGGGCUAUUAGAGGAAGGAUUUCAAGCGGCAGAGGAGCAGCAAAGUAACAUUAAUUGGAUUGACAAUGGAGGUUCGUCUUCGGACAGUCCGUGGAACAUCGACGGUGAUGAAGUCUUCUGGUUCUUACAACAUCAGCAUCUCCAAAAUGGCAGCUUCUGAUACGAAAAUAGAAGAACAAUUUCUUUUUUUUUUUAAUAAAAAAUUGAAAUAUUGAAGUGAAAUAAACUAAGUGAUAUGCAUAUGUGUGAAAGGAAUUUGCAUGUAGAAAGCACAAAAAGAAAAAGCCUCUACUUGGAGAAGAGGGUUACGUAGAAAAAAAGUUACGAUAUAGACAUGGUAUAUGUUUUUCUUUUUCUUUUUCCUUCUUUUUUUUUUAAAAAAAAAGUCUUAUAUAUAUGUUUACAUUGGCACACAUUCAUGUCAUAAAACGAUUAUUUUACGUUUAUUUAUUUAAUUGAUUUCGUGUUC